AUGGCGGUCGCUCAGCAAAUACCGCUUCUCUUCGCAAUUGUUGCAGUGAUCCAUGUACAGUCGGUUGAAAUGACAGUUUUUAUGGAGAAUACUACGAGCAGCGAACUGCAGUGCUACAAGGAUUUUCUAGUGGCAAUAAACGCCGAGGAAAACUUUGAGAAUUGCUUGUUCUACGGUGAGCCAAGCAAAAGCAAAAUGCUAAAUUUGUUUUUACGAGCUAUUACAGAGCACUUUGUGAAACCCGUUAUAAUACAAAGUGUCAACAAAACCAAACAAGAAAUUGCAAACAGGUUUAGCAGCGAUAUGCUCAUCAUUGCACACAUCGGAGACGAUUUCGAAACGGAACUAUCGACACUCGCCAGUACACUCGAACGCAUGCGACAGAAGCGCAUAAUAAUCAUCAAUACUAAGCCCCUAACACACCAAGCAGUCGAACCGUACUGGAGGCAGGUCUUUUUGCAUUGCGAAUCGGAAAAAUUACUCCAUGUUGUCGGGAUCUUUAAAGGCUUCCCAGUAACGAAAAUAUUUCACAGUUACAGCAUAUUUCCGAGUUUCGCAUUGGAAAUGAAGACAUUUGGUGCAAACCAUGGGUCAGUGUUUCCACGACGCAUGCAAGAUCUACAAGGUUUUGGCAUACGCACAGCUCCCGUUCAAAUAUUUCCAUGGUCUUUCACAUACGAGCUGGACAAUCAAGUAAAACCUAGUGGCUAUCUGCAAAAAAUAGUGGAGACAUAUGCGAAGUACAAAAAUGCCACGCUCAGUUACCCAAUUCCGAUAAUACAGGACGAUGCCACUGCUGGCGAUAAAAUCGGUGAGCUGAUGAGAAGCAAUAAGCUCGAUAUACCAGCUAGUCGCAAGUAUUCGGAAAACCCAACAAAUUUUGACGAGGCUUCACGGCCUUUCGGGUUUAGUGGAUUGUUUAUUAUUGCGCCAAAUAUGUGGGGUAAUUCCUUCUGGAGUUUUCUCGGCAUCUAUGGUGAUCGUCGACAGCUGACACUUUCGCUCCUCAGUUGUUUGUCGACUAUUGUGCUCUUCUAUUUCUGUCGACGUCUGCAGUACGCGCGUUCGGCUAGGCGAUUUCACAAAAACUUGUUCGCCGCGCUUCUGGAACCCAACUAUUUGUCGGGAAAUUUUGCCGUAAAGUAUGCACCUUCCGUGCAGUACCUGCUAACAGUUCGUUUGAUCACAUGCGUAUCGGCGGUUUAUACCAUAUUCUUAUGUACACACUUCACUGCGAAUCUAAAUACGUUUAUGACUAAGCCUGCUUCGGUGCGCAUUCCGCAGAGUUGGGAUGAUCUAAAUGAAGAUGGUCACAAAGUGCUGGUCUCUCACCGUUUCUACAAUUAUUUACGUUCGUGGUGUGAUGAGACAUGUACACACAUUGAGCGCUCGCUGGUAUUAGUCGACUCAUUCAAGCAGGCGCGCGAUUUGCUUUUAGCCUUUAACACCAGCUAUGCCUAUUCCACCAACAAAUUUACUUGGUACUACAUUAAGCUGCAAAUGCGCAAGCUGAAGCGAUCGACUUUUCGUCCAACCGGCAUCUACUUGAAACGACGUGUGUUCGAUUGUUUUUUCCUGCCGCGAAACUCGAUUUUCAAAGACUCGUUAGAUCUGUUUCUUAUGCGCAUUGCCGAUCAUGGCUUGCAAGUGUAUUGGAUUGACUUGGCAUAUAUGGAUGCCGUGCGCUAUGGCGUUAUACCGAAUAUUAAACAUCCGGAUAGUGUGCUAGAAAAACCGCUUGGUAUGGAAUAUAUUUCGUUUAUGUGGCCCUUGUUCGGUUUCGCUUGGACACUGGCAUUCUGCAUUUUUGCUAUUGAAUUAAUUAGUGUGCGUUGGAGAUCGUGGAUGAAGAAAAUACGCUGA